AGGUUGGAUUAUAAAACCAUUAUUUCAAAGCUGUUUCGACAUUACAUGCCCGGAAUUGGAAGGACAGUCAAGGCCAUUUAGGCAAGACUCGCAGGUACUUGUUAGCGUGUUAUAAUGGGACUUAAUUCGUGGCGAGAUGACACUUCUGAAGCUUUUCUGGUGGUCCUCAUAGUCAUGAGUGGUUUGAUAAAUCUCCCUGGAGCCACGGGCAUGAACUGCAACUCUAAACUGACUAUAAUACCUGAUGUACAGAUUUCCACAAGUCCACCAAGGCAAGAACUAUCUGUAGGUACAGCGGUUAACCUGACUUGUAUGGCACAACCCAGGAGUAUUGAUGCAGGGUAUUACGAUAGAUGGACCGAGUAUAUUCAGUGGUACGGUCCACAGGACAAGCCAGUUGGACACAGAUGUGUACAGGGUAGACAAAUGGAGUUAAAACAUAUAUGUACGUUGAUGUUAAAAAAUUUGACGGAAGAGCAACUCGGUAGCUACACGUGUGAAGCAGGAAAUGGUUAUCGUGCACAUUGCAGGAGAAAAUCAGUCGAAAUUCGUCCGCGAGACCCCCAUCCCGUUCAAAGUGUGAGAGAUCCAAAGAACCAAAGCACUAUUAACGAUUUUACGGUAAAUUUUACCUACACCGCCAAAGAUCCUCUCAAGCCAAACAUCUCAUGCGUGAGGGACAAUGAUCCGUAUUAUGGACAAUCCAAUCAAAGGGCCAAGGAUCGGUGGAACCUAAGUAUCGUUAUCGGCUCUGAUUUAACUUUGAAUUGUAUUACCACUGGUCAUCCCCCUGGUCACCCUCAGUCCGAUAUAAGAUGGACGAAGCACAACGGUUCAUAUGAUGUCCAAUCCAGGUUAAGGGCUAAGAUCACCCGAGUUCGACGAGACCAAACCAUUCACCACCAACUGUUUAUAGCAAAAGUGAAGAAGGAAGAUGGGGGCAAAUAUCAGUGUGUUGCAAGUAACAUAGCUGGAGAAAAGGCAUCCAUCGAGGUCAACUUACAUGUGAAUGAUUUAGAUCCUAGAUCUGAUUCACGUACGCUGACCAAAAGGACUGGUUUGCCAAUUUUACAGCUGACUGUGAUCGCUUUCGUAGUAUCUGUAUUUGUAUUUGCAAUUGGAGCAUUUUUAUUGGAUCGACGUCUUGUGAAGAUUAGCAAGUCGAUAUCCAUGAGUCUCCUUCGAAAGCCAGAGAGGCGUGGAGUUACUGCCUUUACAUCUUAUAGA